AUCUUGUUUAGCGUCACCACAGCAACGGGCGGGGAGCCGCCAUCUUGUUUGGCGUCUCCACGGCGACCCGAGCGGCCGGGCCGGGCCGGGCCGGGCCGGACCGGGGGACGAUGGCGGUCGCGGGGCGGCUGGAGGAGCUGGAGCUGAGCGCCGAGGAAGCGGAGCGGCUGCGGCAGGCCUUCCGCGAGCCGCGCUUCCGCGAGCUGUUCGCCGAGUACGCGGCCGAGCUGGCCGACCCCGAGCAGCGGCGGCUGUACGAGGAGGAGGUGACGGCUCUGGAACGGGAGCGCGGCGUGGAGGUGCGCUUCAUCCACCCGACCCCCGGCUACGUGCUGCGCACCAGCCAGGCCGGCUCCCGCCGCUGCUACCUCAACGUCUGCAGCAACCCGCACGUCGACCGCCCGCAGGCCCGCGCCGAGCCCGGCGGCCACCGCUGGGCCUUGCCCUACAGCCUGGCGCCGGGCCGCGAGGAGCUGAGCCGGGGCGGCCGCCGCCGCUUGGUUUACGACGUGGUUUUCCAUCCAUCGGCCCUGCGCCUGGCCGCCCGCAGCCCCCGCUUCCGCCGCCUGCUCAGCGACACGGCGCUGGAGGCCGUGGAGCGCCGCUUCUCCGUGCAGCUCGACCGCACCAACGCCGCCGUUCUCCGCGGGGCCUCCUACAAGGGCGUCCCGCAGGCUCCCGUCAUCCGCACCCCUCUGCCCGGCGGCCCGACGCCGCCGCCCGGCGACACCGGCUGCCCGCUGCCACCUUUCCCCGUCCCCGAUCCCGUCCCGGACCCUCCCGCCUCCCCCCCGUCCCGUGAAACCGGCCCCACCACGCCUCGCUGGAGCCUCCGGCAGCGCUCCUACGUGGAGCUGCAGGACUACCGCUGCUGCCGCGACUCGGCGCCCAGCCCGGUGCCGCGGGAGCUGGUGGUGACGGUGGAGCUGCCGCUGCUGAGCUCCGCCGCCCAGGCCGUGCUCGACGUCCGCCCGCGGGAGCUGCGCCUCGACUCGCAGCGGCCCGCCUACCGCCUCCGCCUCCGCCUGCCCUACGCCGUGGACGAGAGCCGCGGCCGGGCCGCCUUCAACAAGGCCGAGCGGCGGCUGCUCGUCACGCUGCCCGUCGUGCAGCCCACCGGCCCCCGGCAGCCGCAGGAGGAGGACGGGGGGCGGCUGGAGGAGCCCGGCCCCGGCGGGGAUGAGGACCCCCCCGACCCCUCCACUCCCCCCGGGGAUCCCCCCCGCUCAGGGGCCGCUUCCCCCGCCAGCCCCGAGCCCGGUGGCCUUACCGGGGGCUCCCCCCCGUGCCCAGCCCCUCUGGAGGCUGAGGACGGCCCGGGCGACAUGGCUCAGCCCCGGGGCCACGGCAGCCCCGAGCCUGCCCUGUGCCCUCCCUUCCGCUGCCGCCAGGAUGAGGCCUCCCUCACCCUGCUGCUGCCCGUGCCCGGCAUCCAGCCCCAGAGCCUCCGGGGGGACGUGGGCACGAACCACUACAGCCUCCGCUUCUCCAGUGCCACCGCUGCCUACUCCCUCUUCCUGAGGUUUCCUCCAGCAAACAGGCUGGCAGCCCCCGAAACCAGCGUCAGUGUAAGCGCCCACAACGCUGCCAUCGGGCUCGCCAAGGCCCCCGGGAGCACCGGGCCCUGGGAGAAAUUCAGCUUCGGCCUUGACGCCUCUGCUCUGCAGGAGAGAUUGUUUGUCAGUGAAGAAAACGUUGAUGGAUUCCUAGACACUGUUCUAUGCCCUUCCUUUUCUACACAGUCAGAACUGGAAAGUCAACCAUUAAUUGAAGUGCUUGAUGUUACAGAGGACAGAAGUCAAAUCAGGCUGAAGCCGCAGGAAGCUGCCCAUAGUGAACGUGAUGAAAAAGAACAAACAGCGAACAGCUCAGAAGGAGAUCCCGCUGAGAAGACGAACGAUGACUCCUUCCAAACCAAGACAGAAACAACCUGUACUGCAGCUGACACGGUUGAAGAUUGUGCUACAGAAAGCAGCAAAACUUCUACAUCUCUUGUACCAGCUGAAACAAUAGGAAAAGGAGACUGUAGUUCACACCAUUGUUUGCAGCAUGAACCUUCUGACACCAGUUCAGCAGUUCCUGGCAAAUCUAGGAGCAACGAACCAGAUUUAGACUGCGCUCUCACAGUAGGUGAAACGGCUGCGUCCUCAGCAUCUGACAAACAAGCGGGCCUUCUGCUGGAAGGGCAGGCGAAAAUGGAAGGGGAGGAAGCAGCUGCAGACGCAGAGCCGGCCCGCGGGACGCCGGGCAGCAGACCGGCCUCGCCGCUCCUCCGAGAGGUGAGCACGCAGGAUGGGAGCGUGCAGAUCACCAGGGAUCACACCACGCACUGCGCGGUCACGUUUCAGAAUUCUUUGCUGUACGAACUGGACUAGUUUGAUUGUUUCAGGAUUUCCUUCUGUUGUUUGUUGCUUACUGAGACUUCCACGCGCUGGUUUAGGACUUCAGGGCUAAAAGCAGAAAACAGGCUCCUACUGAAACCGUUCUGUUUCCACGUCAACUUAGAAUACUUGAGGCGUUCAUAAUUUUUCAAGUUAGUGGGUCUGAGUUUCCUUUAAUUAUACGUAUGAGCUGAAAUAGUGUUACUGACAAGAAUGAUGCAGCUGAAGGUGAAUCUAAGUUCCUGGAAGACAAUGCAGCUUUAUUAUUUAUUUCACUUUCUUAAUCUCUUACUAAAUUACACAGGUUAUUUGUAUAUAUCCUCCUCCUAAUGGCUCCCUCAGGAACUGCUGUAUUUAGUCCACCUAGAAAUGAGCGGUGUUCAUCAUUUUUUUCAAACCCUUCAUUUCGUGAUAAUCGCAGGAUUAGGCUGCCACUGAUUUUUAGCAAUCAAAUGAAAUUUCUAAUUACAUGGAGAAGUUCUAAUUAGUCUCCUAGAAAUAAUCAUCAUUUAAACUAUGUAUUCCACCCUGGUAUAUUACUUCAGUUAUGCAGCAUCCAAACAUACCCCGGUCUGUCAAGUGAACAAAUUCAAUUCCACAAUAGAAGCAUCCUGUCUUGUGGCAUCUGCUGCCAAGUAUUUACAGUUUGUAAAAUGGAUUCAUUUCAUCCAGAGUAGAUUCACUUUUCAGUUCUGUGUCAGCUUCAGCCUGCUGUUUACUAGUUCGUGUCUCCGAGGUGUGAUAACCAAAAGAACGUAUCUAUAAUAAACUUUCGGUUCCCUUUCUCACUCCUUCUGACAUAACUUCUGGUUUUUUGUUUUGAGUUGUACACGACAAAAAUGUACCUUAGAAGAUUUUUUUUUGACUUGUUUCACA